AUGUUUGAAAAACUCGAUGAUCCUCUUCUCUGGGCAACAUUUCCUUUUCGAACAUGGUUUAAUACACGUAUUCGAUGGUCUCUUGCAGCAUCCGAUAUUUGUUUUACUAAUCGAUCGGCAUCUCUCUUUUUUUCUCUUGGACAGACUCUUCCUAUUGUUCGUUAUGGUGCAGGACCAUUUCAGCCAAGUAUAGAUGAUGCUAUUCGACUGAUUUCUGACCCAAUUUGUGCCUGGGUUCAUAUUUUUCCUGAAGGAAAAGUUUAUCAACAGCCAGAAUGUGCUCUAGGAAUAUUUAAAUGGGGAGUUGCGCGGCUUUUUCUUGAAGCAGCACAACGGAGUACAAGAUUACCAGCAGUUGUUCCGGUAUUUUUUCAUGGAACGCAAUAUCUGAUGCCUGAAACCCGUGGAUUUCCACGCUGGAUUCCACGUCUUGGCCAAGGUAUUGAAGCAAGGUUUGGUGCACCAAUUCAAGAUAAAUUGAAACCAUUUGUCGAAACAUGGAAAAAAUUGGGGUCAGAUCAAACAAAAUCAACAAUAUUUCAUGAUAAUAUUCGUAGUCUACUUACGGCAGAAUUAAGGAAGCAUGUAAACCGCUUAAGACAAGAAGCAGGUUUCAAGUAA